CCACCGCGCAGCCCCCGUGGGAGAGGCCGGGGAAGGUGGAGUGAACGGCCGGAAGCCACCAGCGGAGAGGGGCGGCCUCCGAGUCCCUUCCCCGCCGGGGCGCCGCGGCCCCUUGGCCGGCCAUGGCCGACAGCGGCGGCACCGGCAGCUCUGGCCCCUGGUGGAAAUCGCUCUCGAACAGCAGGAAGAAAAGCAAGGAAGCCACGGUGGGGGCGCAGCCUGCAGCCCAGCCCGCCUCCGAGGAGCCCGCGCCGCCCAACCCGGACUGGACUAGCAGCUCCCGGGAGAACCAGCACCCCAAUCUCCUCGGGUGCGCCGGCGAACCCCCCAAGCCAGACAAGCUGUGUGGGGAGAAAUCAGGCAACAGCCGCCGCAAUUUGAAGAUCUCACGCUCCGGCCGCUUUAAGGAGAAGAGGAAAGCGCGCGCCACGCUGCUGCCAGAGGGAGUCAGGUCGCCGGAGGAGGGGGGCUUCCCGGGGGACCCCCACGAGGACAAGCAAUAACCAAGGCUCCCGAGCUGUCGCUCUUCCCAGCACUCCCCUCCCCGCCCCCAGUUCUGAAAACCCGAGACUUCGGACCCGCUCCUGUAUUUGGUGUGUCUAAUCUCGCCAAAUUCAGAGUAUUCACACAGUGCCUCUAUGAUUUUUUUCUGGGAAUUGAAGUGUCAAUUGAGCUUUCAAUAAUUCAUGACUCAAGGAUGCAUUAAAUAUUUAUUUGUGGUAAGAAAAGAUGCCUACCGCUGAGGAGGUUGGGCAUAAUUAAUUUUUUCAAAAGCUCAUCUGGGGCCUGGGCUCCUGGUUCGUGUCACCAUUGGGAAGGAGAAGGGUCCUUCUCGCAGAGAUGGUAAACUCGACUUGAGCUCCACAGCCCCUCAAUUGAGGAAAGCAAGCUCUUAUUCAGGACUUUGCGGAUCGCAAACCACAGUGCUGUUUUUAAAGCCUGAAAAAUGUACUUUAGAGAUACUUCCACAGACUUAUCUCUGAAGUGAAGUGGGGGGGGGCAGCAUUAAUUGGAAGCAUUUUAAAGUAAAGCAGGAUUGCUUUUAACG